UAUUUUUCUUUACCCGGUUAAUCUGAAAACAUUUUUCCUUCCUUUUAUUCUAAGCAUAUUUGAUAGGAGUUUAAAAUUUAAUGUUACGUAAAUUAUCAGAUCAGAAAAGUUUUCGUGAAGAACACAUUAAAAUAUUCCUCUAAUGAAGGUCACCCAGUGAAACUUGAAAACGUACGAAAGGCAUUUUAAGCAUGGAAAUUAAGUCUCACAUGAUUAUUUUGCUUAUUGCAAACUUUUUGAAAUAUAUUUCUGCAUCUUCUUGUGGUUAUGAGGCUUGUCCUUCUGGUAAACCUAACAUGUUAAAUCUUCAUAUAAUUAUGCAUACUCAUGAUGACGUAGGGUGGCUGCAAACAGUUGACACAUAUUACGACAUGUGGGUGAAUGAAAUAAUCUCUUCUGUUGUUAGUACUCUCAUGCAAAAUGAAAAUAGAAAAUUUAUCUAUGUGGAGUCUGCCUUUUUUACACGAUGGUGGGAUGAACAGACUGAUUUAACUAAAGAAUAUGUUCGUCGGCUAGUUAAUGAUGGUCGAUUAGAAUUCAUAAGUGGUGGAUGGAGUAUGAAUGAUGCAGCUACUACUCAUUAUUUGGGUAUUAUAGACCAGAUGACAAUUGGUUUGAGAUGGUUGAAUGAUACAUUUGGUAUCUGUGGGAAACCAAAAGUUGGUUGGCAAAUUGACCCAUUUGGUCAUUCAAGGGAACAAGCAUCUUUAUUUGCUCAGAUGGAUUUUGAUGGCCUGUUUUUGGGCCGUAUUCAUUAUCAGGAUAAGUUUCAUAGGGAAAGUACAAAAACAAUGGAAUUAAUUUGGAAGUCUAAUCCAAGUUUAGGCAAGAAAGCUGAUUUAUUUACUGGUGUUCUACCUAAUGUUUAUUGGCCUCCAAAAGGAUUUUGCUUUGACACAUUUUGUUCCGAUGAAGAACUCACAGAAGAUAAUAUAAAUUUUAAGGCUCAUAGUUUUAUAGUUUCUGCUCAAGAACAAGCAAAGUUCUAUAAAACAAAUCAUAUUGUCCUGACUAUGGGGAUGGACUUUCAUUUCCGAGAUGCUUCAAAAUGGUUCCGAAAUAUGGACUACUUAAUUAGUUACAUUAAUUCAUUACAAACAAUUGGAACCAAUGUAAAUGCCUUUUAUUCUACUCCUACCUGUUACUUGCACAGCCUCAACAAAGCAAACGAAACAUGGACAACAAUGGAAUCAGACUUUUUUCCAUAUUCAUCUGGAAAACAUGAAUAUUGGACUGGUUAUUUUACAAGUCGACCGUCAUUAAAGUACUAUGCAAGAAGAUCUAAUGCCAAUUUGCAAAUCUGUAAGCAAUUAGUCACUUUAUCAGACAUUAAAGAUGCUGACUUUAUAACACUAGCUAAAGCACUUGGAGUAAUUCAGCAUCAUGAUGGAAUCACUGGAACUGAAAAACAGCAUGUUGCUGAAGAUUAUAUCUACCAGCUGUCUGAAGGAAAUCAUUUAUGUGAAAAAGCAAUGGGAAAAGCUAUUAGAAUAUUACUGUCUAAAGAAACCAUCUUACCCCGAUUGUAUUUUUGCCAACAUUUAAAUUUAAGUCAGUGUGUUUUUACAGAACUAGAAAAAGAGUUCUUAGUGAUUGUAUACAAUUCUUUAUCCCAUCCUCUGAGAACAUUUGUAAGAAUUCCUGUGACUGGAGAAGGAUAUUCUAUUAGGCAGUUGACCAAACGGAGAAGGUCAGUGCCUGCUCAAGUUCUCCCUAUACCUCCAUCAAUUAUCAGUCUACCUGAAAGAUCUAGUUUAGCUGUGAAUGAAUUAGUAUUUCCCAUUUCACUGCCACCUAUAGGUUUCUCUAUAUACGGAAUAAAGCUAUUAGAUGAUUAUCAACCAUCAGAUGAUAUUGGAAGUGAACGUCUAUCAACUCCUGUUCAAGAUGCAACUAUUCAAAAUGAGAACUUUCAACUUAUUAUUGAUGGUUACUCAGGUCUUCUUAAAGAAAUCAUUCUUCUCAAAAGUGAUGUUAGAGUUCCAAUUAAGCAGUCCUUUUAUUUCUAUGAAGGAAUGCCGGGCUAUAGGAUCGAAAGAGCUUCGGGGGCUUAUGCAUUUAAUCCUCAGCAUGACACUGCCUAUCCAUUGGCUGAUAAUAUUACCUAUAGGUUAUUUAAAGGCCCACUUGUUGAAGAAGUACAUCAAUAUUAUGCUCCUUGGAUUAGUCAGAUUAUUCGCUUAUACAAAGCACAGAAUUAUGUCGAGUUUGAUUGGGUAGUUGGUCCUAUCCCAGUUCAUGACCACAUUGGGCGAGAAAUUAUAACCAGAUUUGAUACAAAUCUUAGAAAUAAUAAAGUAUUUUAUACAGAUUCUAAUAGUAGACAGACUAUGAAGAGAACUCGUGAUCAUCAAGAUACUUUUCCUUGGAAUAUUACUGAAAGAAUCGCUGGAAACUAUUAUCCCGUAACAUCAUGGAUAUACAUGCAGGAUCCUCAUCAAGAUUUGCAACUAUCUUUAUUAACUGACCGGGCACAAGGAGGUAGUAGCGUUGUGGAUGGUUCUUUAGAAUUAAUGGUGCACAGACGUCUCCUUUUUGAUGAUGGUUAUGGUGUUAAUGAAGCUCUGAAUGAACCUGGAUUUGAUGGAAGGGGACUAGUUGUACGAGGAUCACAUUAUUUAACUUUGGGUCCAAUAAAUGAAAUGAAUCAGUUCAAUAAACGAUUGGCUAAAGUUAUUUUCCAUCAACCACUGUUAGCUUUUUCAAAACUUCAGUUUUCAAAUUUGUCACGAACUGCUUUAAAUGAGUUCCGUGGUUUGAAACGCAGAUUACCUCAAAAUGUUCAUCUAUUAACAUUGGAACAAUUGGAUGAUUCGAGAAUUUUAUUACGAUUGGAGCAUUAUUAUGAAAAAGAUGACGGUGCUGAAAUGUCUAGAGCUGUCACUGUUUCAUUAAAUAGUCUUUUUAGACCAUUCAGGGUUUUAUACUAUCAAGAAACAACACUGGCUGCCAAUAAAUAUCUUUAUGAAGUUGAAAAGCUGAAGUGGUCUGUUGCCUAUGAUGAUGAACAUGGGGAAUUGCAAAGUGAUCAACCUGCUGCUGAAGAAGUUAAUGAAAUUGCUGGAGAUGAAACACAAGACAUUGUUGUAAAUGACAGUGAAGAUGACCAGAUGAGAAUUACUCUCAAACCAAUGGAAAUUCGAACAUUUAUUCUCAAAGUUGAUUUUCCUAGCAAUUUAUAGUUUUUAUUUGCCCUUAUUUAUUUUUUUGCCUCACUCAACAAAGCUGUAAAUAGUCUUGCCUACUGCAUUAAUUUUUAGCUAAUUUUAUGACGUUGUAGUCAUGAAAUAAUUUAUUGUUGUAGGUAUAUUUUUGUUUGUAAAAGUUAAAUUGUUUUAAUAAUCAUGUUUGUAUAUGUUGCAUCUAUUUAUGAAUUAAAUGUAUUCUAUGAAAGAUUUGUGUUGUUAAAUUCCAUGUUUUUAACAUCACUGAGCUUGUUAAGUGUGUCUCUCAGCAACUUUAUUCCAAAAAAUAAUUUUGAUG